UUUAAUACGUCCAAUCUCUAUUUGUGGCUAGUUAGAAUAGCAAAGUAUAAAUUGUGUCGAUGUAUUCGUUAGAUAAAUUUGGGUUUGUCUAAAUUAAUAGUAUAUAAUCUUCAGAAUUCAUUAAUUAAGUAGAUUUUUUAUCGAAAAGUGAUAUUUUUGUGAAAAACGAUGUAGUUAUAAUUGGUGUUUUCACUGUUGAAUUACAAGUGCGAUCUGAUAUCAAAGGCUGGGUGUAGCUUUACGGAACGUCGUGAAAAACGAACAUUUUUGCAUUGCAUUUUUUUAAUUUCUCUCAAAUGGAAAUGGUUGUGGCUGUGCUUGAGAAAUAGAGUGCAAUAAUGGCCUAUAUAAACGUCGUGGAGUGGACUCCUGACCAAGUGACGGAUUGGUUAAAAGGUUUGGAUGAGUCAAUGGAACACUAUAUAAGUUCAUUCACAAACAAUGAAGUCGGUGGUCGUCAACUACUCAAUAUACGUCCUUACGAAUUAGAACAACUGGGAAUGUACUCAAUUGGUCAUCAGGAAAUUGUAUUGGAAGCUGUCGAAAAUUUACGAAAUUUUUAUUACAAUUUGGACAAAGAAAAUCUUCAAUUUAUGGCAUUACAUGUCGCCACAGCAGCUCAUAGCUUGCAUAGACAGUUAAUUACACAUAGUGAUUCGUCCAAAAUUGAGACACAAAUUUUAAGUGAUAUUACGCGCACGAUUGGCACAAUAAAACCUCUAAUUGGUUGGCUUGAGCGCGCUCCUUUCCAAGGGCAGGUACAAUUUACGGAAAUUUGUCGUAAUUUACUGCGUCUUGGUCUAGAAAUGGCGACUAUGGCACAACGAGAUCGUUUUGUCGAGCGUCCGGUGGAUCAGAUACUAGGAACUGCAGAAAAACUUGAACGGCUUGCCAAUUAUAUAAUACAAGAUAUUUCAGAUCCUAUGCUUCUGCAACCGGCUUCAUUAAAUCUGGUCACCGUUAAGAAGCGAGAAAUGGAUCCUGGUUUUGAAAUUGAGUCCAAUUAUCAUGGUGUUCACCGUAUUACUGAAAUUAAAUAUAAUUCUCCAGCACACACCUCUGGCAAAAUAGAAUAUGGUGACGAAAUAGUGCAGAUCAACUAUCAAACAGUAGUAGGUUGGCAGGGCAAAACUGUGUGGCAUCAGUUACAUGUGUCACCAACUGAUGUGCUCUUAACAUUGAAAAAGCGGCCAAAACAUACAAAAAUUUAUGGCCAGAUUUACAUGCAACCGUAUCGAUUACCCAGCAAGAAACGUACAGUUGGAUCCCGUUGGGGUGAAAACCUACCCACUCCAAAAACCAGCUUUCUCACUGUGCCAAACAACUCAGCAGCAUUCGAGCUGCUAUCUUUGAAGUCUGAAGAAAAGGCCGCUACAACUGCUUCAGAUUCGGAGUCUAAUUGCAGUGACACAUCUACACCCACAGAGACAAAAACAUCGGAGAAACGCAGUCGGCUGUAUUACGAAAAACCACGUACUGUGCUGCAGCGUCGGCAUACGAUCAGUGGUGACCUGAAGUGUGGUAAUGAUGUGACUCAGCAUCAUAAACCAAACGCUAGCAUUGUGGGUGACCCAUCAUCACCGAGUUUACGAGAUAAAUGUAAGUCGUUCGGUUUCGGCUUGGAGUUGACUUCACGACCGAAGACUUGCAUAGGUAUGGGUGGCAAAAACGAAGGCGGAUCUGAAAUACAUGAAGUAUUUAACAAAUCAAAGGCAACUGAUAUUACUGAAAGCGGAGAAAUUACGGUUGAACGUUCAAAGCCAGGAGUAAGCAAGGUUGUACGUUUUGAUGCAAAUAUGAAAUUUGAGGACUAUCCAGUGGAUGAAAAAUAUAUUUGCAAUGUAGAAAAUACGAUUUUAGAGACAUUCGAACCAAUACUCUUUGCUGAUGAAGAGGAUGAGGACGCAUUGGAUACGCAGCGCAAUGUUACUCGUGAUGAUAGGGUUUCAGCUCCAAUUUUGCCAACCCCAGCAACAACACCAACUACACCCAAGCCUCCAGCGCCUUUGCCUGAUGCCACCGUUGUAACUCCAGCUCUUGAAACAGUAAAUACACAAAUUGUAGCUCGACGUGGCCGCCUCGACAAAAGCCAUAGUACGCCGGCAUACGAUAAUACAGGCGUAGAGUGCGAUACUCCUCCCGCUAUUGAGCCUCGCAAAGAAUUUCUUCAACAAACACCGCCUGUGCCACCGCCCCGACCACGCAAACAAAAAGAUAUGAUACCGCAACCAGUGCCACCACCUCCUCCAAAACCACCAAAUUUAAUGGGUACUGCAUUGCAUUCGUCUUCUAAUAUUAAGUUGGCUACACCAGUUAUUAGCGCAGAAGUAAUGGGCAAUAACCCACUCCAUAUACCCCUGCCUGUAAUGCCAUCCAUGAUGAUUCCGCACUCAAAUUUAACCAGUACGAACAUCCAUUUAUCAAACGCUCCAACACAAAUCAAUGAAUUACACACUCCAACAAAAAGCCGCACACUCUCGUUGAAGAAAAAACAUAGUCUCGUUGCAAAAAGGCGUAACGUUAAUCUGAAAGUGCUCGGUACCGGUGACAUACAGGGGCAUUUGUAUCGGCGUACGAAAGAUAGACGUGGUGUCACAUUUUGGGCCCGACUUUAUUUUGUAAUGCUCAAUACUAUUCUUUAUGGGUUUCGCUCCAAAGAAGCAACAAAAGCUAGUUGUGUUAUAUUUCUUCCCGGUUUCACAGUAUCCUUGGCUAAGGAAGUGCAUUCGAAGCCACACGCAUUCAAAGUGUAUCAUGCAGCAAAGACUUUCUACUUUGCAGUAGAGUCCCAGGAUGCACUCAAUCAAUGGGUAGAAUUGCUAAGACAAGCCACUUUGCAUCCGCAACCGAACUCGCACAAUGUGCGACAAUUUGCAUCAGGCGAUACAAUGGACGAUAUAAACACUAAAGAACUAUUCUCUGAAACGGAUAGUUCAGGUGAAGAAACUGAGUCGAUAGUUUCCAGCAAUUUAUGCACGCCAUCGCCCCAAUCCUCAGGAAAGGAUAUCAUCGCAAAUUUAUCAUCGUCUACAUCUACUCCCAGUUCAUCGCAACCAAAACAAGAACGUCGGUAUUUGGGCUCGCUCCGUAAAUUAACUAAGGGCACAUUGCCAUUCAAAAGCAGCAACUCGGGCGAAAAAAAACCUUCAAGUGACAUUCCAGUGCCUACAGAUCAGUAUCGGAGUUACCGAAAAGUACCAGGAGGCAGUUUCGGAUUACAGAUUGGAACCAAUACGCCUGGCUAUCACCACGAUUUGACGUUUCAACCGCUUCAAAGUAGUAGCCCUCCCACGCAUGCACUGAAUUUCUCACAAACCCAUUUGGCACCAGUAGUAGCACCCCCGCCACCACCACCGCAAGAUUUGGGUCGUAAGCUUUCGCUCUCUUCAAGUCACGUUUCAAUCGUAAGCAACGGUACUGAUUUUUCUCUCAAUUCUUCAGUAGUGUCCACAUCCUGCUUAGGUCCACCUUCGUCACCGGCACCAGUGCCUGAUCGUAAUGCAUCCUAUACUGUGAGUCAGCAGUCGCCCGGCGCUCACAGUAAUUCCACAUCAACUUCAAGCAUAUCAUCGAGGUCCAUGCGAAAAAUACCGUACAAUUUCAUACAUGCAUCCAAUCCAAAUUUAGUCGAAUUCGAUUUCCAAACAUCGAAAACACUUGACUAUUCGUUACCCAAAAUCAACUCUGCCAACUCGUGGGAUGCACAUCAUAACAUUCAGAGCUUCAUUACACUGAAGGAUUUAAUGUUACGUAAACAGGAGGAGGAAGCCCAGGAAAUGUAUAACAAUCGUGUGUUGCUGGGCGUUGAAAAGAAGGAUGUGCAGCAGAAUAGGUCUGUUGCUGGCGGGGGUGCGGGGGAUUGUGGGGACAGUUGCGCCGGUAGCAUCACUAGUAAAUUAUCAAAAACCCAGAAUCGCAGUUUGCCGAAAACGCCCGAUUAUGAAAUUAGUUUUAAACCGGAUGAUGAAGACAUUCGACGAACGCGCACAAAGGAGGGUCUAAAACUGCGAGACUUUGGUUACGAAUUAAUAUCUGGCGACGAACCAAUGGGCUCUGUCAUUGGAGGCUCCAGUGUAUUAACAGCUUCACGUCAAAAUUCUAAUAUGUCAACGGUAAGCAGCAAUGCUGACCAUCACUCGGAAAGUAGCAGCAUAAUAAGCAGCAAGUCGCGGUCAUUUGUUCUCUUACCGCACAAAAGCAAAAAACAUUCGAGUAAUAGUUGCUCCUCCACAUCUUCCAUUACUGAACUGACAAACAGUAGUGAAAAGCGUUCUGGAAGUAUAAAAAAGAAGAGUAAAAGCGAGCGCAUUUUCCAGCAGUUCCACAAGCAUACAGGCAGCAGCAGCAGUGGGAGUACAGCAAUGACCAUGACUUUGCCACUAAACAAGCAGAAAGCCAGCCAACGAGACAUGGAAUUAUCCAAUAAUGGUAGAAGUAGCAUCUGUGGCACUGGUAUAAAGAAGAGUCAUACAUAUAAUCAUGAUUUGAAAGAAAAAGCGGGUGUUAAAUAUGACGCCCACCGCAAAAACUCUGUGCCAAUUUUGACUAAGUUGAGCACUACAUUCGGUGUUGGAAGUAGCAACAGUGGGGGUAAUGUUGCUGGAUCAAUCAAUAAUAGCAAUUUUAUAGGCACUAAGAGUGGCAAAGAGAAACGACUACUGGGCUCACCAUUGCUACAUCGCACCGUAUUUGGCACGCAACAUCAUCAUCAGCAGUACCAACACACUAUGAGCGGGAUUUCUAUGCCCACCACACCAACCUGUACUGGCAGAGAAUAUGAUCGCGAGAUAUUCUCGCAAAUAAUAUUUCCGAAAGUAAACUCCUCACAUCAUCACCAAUCUAAUAAUUACCAGAGUGACCGCAGUGGUGGAAGUUACGUGCGACAUGCUCAUUUGGCGACUUCACAAUCCAGUUCAGUAAUCACAGCUCCUGACGUAGUGGCGCCGCCUCCACCACUACCACCUCACGAACAUCGAGACGGUAACAUCAGCAGAAACCUUAAAGAUACAAAUACUGUUAUUGGAGCAGGCGUAGCGACAAUCAACUCGCCUGAGUAUCCGCAUAUGGAGUGCCCGCCGGUAUUUGAACCCGAAAUAUACUCAUUAACAGACACGUAUGCUAGCCAAACACUCCUACUGCGUCGCAAAGACAGCGGUAGCAAUGGCGUUGAAAAGCAACAAUAGCAAUACCAGUCUUAAACAGCGACAAUAGGAAUAUCCUAUGUAAAAUACCCGAACAGAGCCGGCUACAAACGUCAAAUAAUAUAGUGUCUUCCCUUAGUUAGUUUUAUGCUUUUUGGCUUUAAGUUUGAGUCAUGUAGAUUGAAUAUUUUUGAACAUAGUAUUAGACGAAAUAAAGUAUAUAUUAUAUAUUAUUUUACGAACAUAUUCCGAUAAAGAA